UUGCCUUGGAAACGGGAAGCUUGUUGGUCUCAAAUAGCAGCAAAGAGGACGAUAAAACUACAACAAGAAGAAAGAAUUGCUCUUUAUUACAAGAAAUAGCUCAUCACCGAUUCCACAAACCGAUAAACGACAAAGAACACAUCGCAAAGCGCUGUUAAGUUUGCGUUUUCGUCAUUUGUAACACGAACUCGGACAGAUGAGCAGGUUAUUAUGUGUUGGCAGCUCCUCAAAACUCCCAGAAAAGGGUGCAGUGCCUGUGACAGUAGGAGUCCUCAGCUCAAGAGAACCGCCAGUAAACAAAUCAGGACACUCAAAACCCAGGUCACCUAAAUCCCAGUCAAGCACACAGCCACAGGGGAAGCAAUUUUCAGUAAUUUCUGAUAGAGGACAGGUGAAAGACAACUCCAGCAGGAGCGAAGUAGGUGCUGUUUUACAGGCUCCGUCCCAAGCAGACGAAACUACGCAUGAAGAAGAAAAAUUAGCAAAACAUGCGUCUCCUGUUGGUGCAGAAGUACAGAUUAUUAGUGCAGAGUUUGUGGAGAAGAAGCAUCAGGAUGAACCUAUACUGAAGGUGCCCCAAUACCCAAGAAAGCCAGAAUGCCAAAAUGGUCAAAGCACAAGUGAAGAAGAGAGUGGAGAUGAUGAAGAGAGUGGAGACGAUGAAACGGCUGAACAUCGUGCUCCCAUUGAGCUACUUGCUGAGUUCCUAAAGGCUGUGAUGGGGAAGGAUUACCCUCUAGCAAAGAAACUCUGUCAGAUGAUUCUUAUUUAUGAACCAGGAAACCCAGAGGCUAAGCACUUUCUCCCUCUUAUUGAAGAGAGGAUUCUACUAGAAGAAUCACAGGAAGGAUCUAGCAGUGAAGACAAAUCUGAUGAAACUGAUGAGGAGAGCACCGAAGAUGAUGGCGACGAUGGUGAUGACGAUGAAGAGGAUGACGAGGAUGAGGAAUCAAGUAGCAGCGGUUCUGAUGAAGAGCUCAGUGACAGUAACUCAUCAUCAUCUGAUGAAAAGGAAGAACACAUCAGCGAGUGCCGAAAAGCACCUGUUCCUCCGCAGCUGUGAGGACUGUGCAGUUAUGAGUAUUUUGUAAUCAGCUCUUUUGGUUAUGAUUCUGAGUGCCUUUGCCUUCAUAUUUCCUUUGUAGCAUCUUAGAAAACUGCUCACUCCUACUGCAUGUUCUAGAUAUAUAAACACACAGCACACAGCUACAAAAAUGUAUACACCUUCUAUAUAAAUAAACAAGUAUUUUUCAAGAUGA